AUGAAGACUCUUCUGAUUGUUCUUCUCGCAGUCGCAGGGGCGCUGUCCUUGCCUUUGUUCCCAGGAGCGGAGGAAUCCCCCCUCUGGGAACGCAGUGGAAAGUUUGAGGGAGACAUCAUCCUCAACAGCCAGCAACGCAAGUCCAUUGCUCGCAACGGCCUCACUUCAGCGUACUCUUCCUAUCGCUGGGCUGGCAGAACCAUUCCUUACAAGUUUGCCAGCAGCGUGUCAGCGUCCGUGCAGGCCACAAUCCGCAACGCCCUCGAGGAGUACAACACCAAGACGUGCGUGAAGGUGCGCGAGGCAACAUCCGCAGACCGGGACUACGUUCUGGUGACCAGCGAAAACAGUGGCUGCUGGUCCUACGUCGGCCGCCAAGGAGGGCAACAGCAGCUGAACCUUCAGCACAGCCUGACCGGCACCUGCCUCAGCACCGGGACCAUCGUCCACGAGUUCCUGCACGCAGCCGGCUUCUUCCACCAGCAGAGCGCGGCCGACCGGGACGACUUCGUCACCAUUGUGUGGUCCAACAUUCAGAGCGGAUAUGAAAACAACUUUGAGAAGUACACUACUGCUACUGUCACCGACUUCGGUGUUCAGUACGACUACAGCAGUGUGAUGCACUAUAGCGCUGUGUCCUUCUCCAAGAACGGCCAGGCUACUAUCGUACCUAAGGACCCCAACGCGACCAUUGGACAGCGUGUUGGAUUCAGCGAGGGUGACAUUCUGAAGCUGAACCGCAUGUAUGGAUGCGAGUAA